AUGAACCCGGCCGGCUCGCACCGUCACUCCACCUUCAGCCUGCGGUCUCCCUCGACCGAGUUCCAUCCGCCGCUGCCCUACACGAACCCGCAUCACCAGUCGCCUCCUCGACUGCCUCAGAGCCGCAGCCCGUACAUGGCCUCGUCGACGCCGGCCUCAUCCGCCGCAUCUGCGCACCCGCUGCCGCCCGCUGGCCAUCACUACGGCCCAGUCGCCUCAUCAUCGCCGCUGCACCCCCCCAGCGCCUACUAUCCGCCCCCGGCAACGACGCAGCAGCAGCAGCAGCAACCACCAGCUGCGUCAAUCUCGUCGCAGUCGCCCUCUGCCGACAGCCACCAUCGCCAUCUGCGCGACAAGCAGCCGCAGCCACAGGCGACGCCGGCCAGCGGCAGAGUCUACGACCCAACAACCGACACGACCAAGGAGCGCCCCAUCGCCGACUCGAGGCAUAACGCGCCGCCAGUGGCUACGCCAAAGCCAUACCACCCCCGCGAGCCAUACCAGUACCCGCAGCCAAUUGACCAGCAACACCAGUCGUCUUACCGCAACGGCGACAAUUAUCCAUCGCCGCGAGCGAGGACCUCGUCCUUCAGCAGCCGUCGACCCACCAGUCCUCUCUCGCACUCGCACCCAAACCUUCCGACCGGCUCCCACAGUCCGCCGAGUCGGCUUUCGCACAUGACUUCACCGGGCCCCAGGCAUGCAGCCGCGACAGCGCCUUCCUCCUCUACAAACGGCACGUCGCUGCCCUCCAUGAUGAAGGCGGAGGCCACCCACUCACCGCCAAAGCCGGCUCCCGUAAGUGCAGACCAUCGCGCUGCGGACCCAAUGUCCUUUUCCAACAUUCUCUCCAACUCAGAACCCGCCUCUAAGCCUGCAGAAAAAGCACCAACGCCCGAGAAGGAAUUAGAGUCAGCCAUGCCUGAGCUGCGAGAGCCCGAUAACGACGGCGAUACUGAGAUGGAGAAGGAGGUUGAUACCGAGCCUGAGCCCGCCCCUGUUGUCAAAAGGGCAGAAAUUGUCAUAAAGAAGAAGAUAUCCAAGAAGCCUGCCAAGGGCCGUGCGUCUGAAAUCAGAGAAGAUGGCCUAAAGAAAAGCCGUCGAUCAUCGAUUAAGAAGGAAUCUCCCACACCUCGAGUAACCUCAAAGCGGCAAGUAAACGGCCAACCCAAGCCGAAGACUUGGUCUACCGAAAUGGAAAAGUCAAUCCAAAGCUACGAGGCACAGCUCGACAAACAGGCCGAGUCUCUCGACGACACCGAAUUCAGCGACAGAGCUUACAAAGAGGGAGCCUUCAAGCGCCAGCGCCUCAUGGCCGAACUGGACUUGGAUAGAGGUCAUGCCCGGAGCGAGCAGUUUGUUGGCUCUACAGGAAAACGACUCGCCGAGCACUCCGAUCUGGGCAAACGACGAUACGACGACGUCUUUUACGACGAAGCCUUGCAUGAAGUCCGCGACCAAGAGCUGUAUGCCGAGAAGGAGCGCAAGAAGGAUAUGCAGCGCAAACGACGACGCGAAAAGUCCAUGGCAGUCACCAUAGAGCAGAAAGAAGCUGCUCUUGCUCGGGCUGAAGCAGCCGAAGACGAAGAGGAGCGCCAAAAGCACCUGCGUGAUGCCGAAAGGGCGAAUAAAAAGGCGCAGCAAACAAAGCUUAUCCUGCAAAAGGGCAUCAAGGGCCCUGCUCGCAACAUUGAGCUCAACCUCGAAGGCGGCACCAUGUCGAGCUUCCUGGCGUCCGAUGCCGAAACCCCCAAGAAGAAGGGCCGCGGCGGCGCACGACCCAAGAAAUCCAAGGAGCAGAAGCAGGCCGAAAAGGAUUCGGCAGAAGCAGCCCAGGCGGCCUUGGACGCCGGCGAGGAGCUCCCGCCCAAGGAAGAAGGCAGAGUCCGCAUCAAGAUCAAGGGCAGCAAAGCCAAGGCUGACGGCGAAAAAUCCAACAAAGAAAAGGCGGAAUCUUCCAAGGACAAGGACAAGGUCGACGACGUGCCAGAUCUGGAAAAGAAAUUCAUCUCCAAGGGCUACAACCAAAUUUAUGAUCAGAUUUGGCGUGACAUGGCCCGCAAAGACGUCAGCAAAACUUUCAAGCUCGCUGUCGAUUCUUAUGCUACCCGAGGCUCCAACCUCAAGAAGACAGCCAUUUUGGCUUCGAAAGAGGCCAAGCGCUGGCAGCUGCGAACGAACAAAGGCGCCAAAGAUCUCCAGGCUCGCGCCAAGCGUGUCAUGCGUGAUAUGAUGGGAUUCUGGAAGCGUAACGAACGUGAAGAGCGAGAUCUACGCAAGGCUGCCGAGAAGCAAGAGAUUGAGAAUGCCCGAAAGGAAGAAGCCGAUCGCGAAGCCGCUCGCCAGAAGAGAAAGCUCAACUUCCUCAUUUCUCAGACCGAGCUGUAUUCACACUUUAUCGGCAAGAAAAUCAAGACGGACGAGGUAGAGCGUAGCACCGACAACCCUGAUAUUGCGCCAGAUGCGCGCCAGGUUUCUGAGAACAAAUUGUCUGUUCAGGAGCCCACCGGGCCGCUGAGUUCCAAGAUUACCCAUUUCGAGAACCUCGACUUUGACAAUGAAGAUGAGACUGCCCUGCAGGCGGCUGCCAUGGCAAAUGCUCAAAACGCCAUUGCCGAGGCCCAAAAGAAGGCCCGUGAUUUCAAUAACCAAGGUCUUGACAUGGAUGAUGAGGGAGAGAUGAACUUUCAGAAUCCCACAGGUCUCGGCGACGUCGAGAUUGAGCAGCCCAAGCUCAUUAAUGCCCAGCUCAAGGAAUACCAACUCAAAGGUCUCAAUUGGCUUGUCAAUCUUUAUGAGCAAGGCAUCAACGGUAUCCUGGCAGACGAAAUGGGUCUCGGCAAAACUGUCCAGUCCAUAUCUGUCAUGGCCUACCUGGCCGAGAAGCAUGAUAUCUGGGGUCCGUUUUUGGUAGUGGCACCCGCAUCUACUCUUCACAACUGGCAGCAGGAAAUUGCCAAAUUCGUUCCCGAAUUCAAGAUUCUUCCCUACUGGGGUAGUGCUGGAGACCGCAAAGUGCUGAGAAAGUUCUGGGAUCGGAAGCACACCACGUACCGAAAAGACGCGCCUUUCCACGUCUGUGUUACGUCUUACCAACUAGUUGUGUCCGAUGUAGCGUACUUCCAGAAAAUGCGAUGGCAGUACAUGAUUCUUGACGAGGCGCAAGCCAUCAAGAGCUCGUCUAGUUCUCGUUGGAAGUGCCUGCUGGGUUUCCACUGCCGAAAUCGUUUGUUGCUGACUGGUACCCCUAUCCAGAACAACAUGCAGGAGCUGUGGGCUUUACUGCAUUUCAUCAUGCCCUCGCUCUUUGAUUCACACGAUGAGUUCAGUGAAUGGUUUUCCAAGGACAUUGAGUCCCACGCUCAAAGCAACACAAAGCUCAACGAGGAUCAGCUGAAACGUCUACACAUGAUUUUAAAGCCGUUUAUGCUUCGUCGUGUGAAGAAGCAUGUCCAGAAGGAGCUCGGUGACAAGAUCGAGUUGGACGUCUUCUGCGACCUCACCUACAGGCAGAGGGCUUACUAUGGCAACUUGCGAAAUCAGAUCAACAUCAUGGAUCUUGUUGAAAAGGCGACAAUGGGUGACGACCAGGACUCGGGAACCUUGAUGAACCUGGUCAUGCAGUUCCGAAAAGUCUGCAAUCACCCGGAUUUAUUCGAGCGCGCUGAAGUAACUGCGCCAUAUUCUUUUGGAUAUUUUGCAGAGACUGCCUCCUUCGUCAGAGAAGGCAGCACUGUUUCCGUAGGCUAUUCUAGCCGAAGCUUACUGGACUAUGAGCUACCGUCUCUUGUCUGGACUGAGGGCGGCCGACUUGAUAAAGCCGGAAGUGAUAACCAGACAGCAGGCUGGCGCGGCAAAGCAUUUAAUCACAUGUUGAACAUCUGGACGCCAGAACAUGUUCGAGCCAACGCAGACAGUGACAAGGCAUUCUCGUGGCUUAGAUUCGCAGACGCGUCGGUAGGCGACGUCUACGAGGCUACACACAGUGACUUAUUUGACCGCGCGGUGAAAGAGCUCACGAAGCGUGAUCGGCUUGGCCAUAUGAACGUUGUCUAUGGUGAGGAAGACGAGAAUUUUACACCCGCCCACUGCUUGUUCAAGAUCCAGGAGCGCCGCAAUCGGCAGCCUCUAGCAGAGAUUACCAGCGAAGGCGUUUUGUAUAGCUUGAUGAACGUUGCAAAGGUGGCAUACCGGAACUCUGGCAUCAACCGGCUAGAGCCUGCGGGAAGACCUCGCGCAUCGGCCCCCCCCAUCGAGGUUUAUUGCACCAAGUUGAGCGCAGUUGCCGAGCAUCAGCACAUCAUGUUCAAUACUCAUAUUCGUCAGACGUUGUACGGACCCACGAUUUACGACGAGCGAGCUCUAGUUGAGAAGAAGGUGCCAAUGGAGCUGUAUCCCACCAACAAGAUUUUCCCUCAGCCAGAUCAUGACAAGAAGCGAUUUACCAACAUUGCUGUGCCUUCCAUGCAGCGCUUUGUCACUGACAGCGGUAAGCUGGCCAAGCUGGACGAUCUUCUAUUUAAGCUCAAGGCAGAGGGCCAUCGUGUCCUGCUAUACUUCCAAAUGACCCGUAUGAUUGAUAUGAUGGAAGAGUAUCUCACAUACCGCAAUUACAAGUACUGCCGACUGGAUGGUUCUACCAAGUUGGAGGAUCGUCGUGACACUGUGCAUGACUUUCAGACUCGACCCGAUAUUUUUAUCUUUUUACUAUCUACUCGUGCAGGUGGUCUUGGUAUCAAUCUGACAUCAGCAGACACUGUCAUUUUCUACGAUUCAGAUUGGAACCCAACCAUUGAUUCGCAAGCCAUGGACCGAGCACACAGAUUAGGUCAGACGAGACAGGUCACUGUCUACCGACUGAUCACUCGUGGCACGAUUGAGGAACGUAUUCGAAAGCGUGCUCUUCAAAAGGAAGAAGUCCAACGUGUCGUCAUCCAAGGUGGAGGUGCCAGCGUCGACUUUUCUGGUCGCCGUGCACCGGAGAACCGCAACCGUGAUAUUGCCAUGUGGCUGGCCGACGACGAGCAAGCUGAGAUGAUUGAGCGUCGUGAAAAGGAGCUACUCGAAUCUGGCGAAUACGAGAAGCAAAAGAAGAAGCCCAGCAAACGGAAGAGAAUGGAUGCUCCCGCCAGCUUGGACGAAAUGUAUCACGAAGGUGAGGGCAACUUUGAUGACGGGAGCAAACCCGGUGCGUCUGGCACUGCCACCCCAGCGGAAAGUGAGUCAAUGAGCAAGAAGGCCAAAGGAAAGUUGAUUGGCAAGCGAGCAAAGACGGCUAAGCAGCGCCUUGCCAUUGCCGAUGGUAUUGUUGAUGCCUAAACGGAGCGAAUUAGAGAGAGGGAAGGCCCCGAGUUUUUUUUUUUUCUUUCUCCAAAUGUUAAGUCGGCACAUGACGUGGCCCUGUAACACAACCUCGCGGUUUUUAUCGAUAAUGCUUUUUUUUUUCUAAAACACUUCUCGGACUUUCUUUUUCUUUGCCCAGGGACUGCUAUUUAGAUGCGGAUGGGAACUAUGGGAGGUGCAUGGCGCAGAACGAAGACAAUACGAAGACUCGUACUUUUGAGAAAAGGAAAGAAAAAAAAACUUAUGAGAGGCAUGGAAUUGGAAUUCAUCAGUAAUGGAAAAAAGAGACAUAUAAGGAGGGCCAGGUAUACCGAGGACUCAUGUGGUGGGCAUAGGGCGAGGACUUGGCGAGGAUUGGGACUGAUGUAUGACUAGGUACUUAUUACUUGUAGAGAGGGAAUGUAUUCAAUGCACCAAUUAUACCUA